UCAGCGAUAAAUAGCUAAGCUCAAGCAGUUGCAGAAACGUUUCAGAGUUUAGAGAGAGAACGCAGUAGCUUACAUACAUAUAUAUACACACACACACACACAGAUAGCUGAUCAGACAGGACGACAUUUUUUAAAUGAUUUGACACAAUUGAUAUUUUUUUUUUCGGAAAGGGUCUCUUGUAGGUGUUAUGAUUUCGAUCCGUUUGUGUACUUUAAUAGGAAGUGCAUGAGGUCAGGUUUACUCGCUGUAGGAAAACGUUAGGAAACCUCUCGCUAAGUCAGUUAAUGGGUGGAUUUUUGUUGUCUUUUUUAAAGCGUUCAGUGUCUCUCUCGGGGGAGGGAGCCGCCGUGGAGAGAGAAGGCGGGGAGAGAGAGCAGCUUCGGUCGGGGAGGGCAGUGUGUGUGUGUGUAUGAGGGGGAUGGCCGUUCGGCUGUCACUCACUGUGCGUGGCUGAGCGCUUUUCCACGCAGCUGGCGCUCCUGCUGAGUUAUUCAUGAGAUUGAGUGACGACUGAAUCCGAGGGGCGUGUUUAUGCACAUUAGGUGUUAUAUUUCAAUACGCGGGAGGCGGAGCCCCGCACGGCACGUACAGGGGGAGUGUGGCGUUAAGAGAACUCGCAAAGCUCCCACUCACUCACACACACCGCUCACAGAGCUUGGCCUGUUAGAUAGUUUGGCUGUGCACCUUAUCUCUGUCUAGGCGUGAGAGCAGCGUGAGUAGAGACUGACAUUCAGAGAGAGAGAAUGAUACACCGCUCAGCUUAACUGACUGACUGCCUGAGAGAGUUGUGAGACCACAGGAGGAAGAGACAUUCUGCGGAAUCGAUGCCAUUGGCCGAGGUGCCUGAGGCCCCUCCCACAGGAAAAAUAUGAUCAGGAUGUCAUUGGAAAAAGAGACUGUUCUACCGCGUGAUGGGCGGGGCGACGCUGCUGUCCCAGAAGGCCCUGCGUCAGGAGGAGAGGGGGGAGUGGACAGGGUGGGUGGGAUAAUGAUGGCCCCUCACCCUCCCUGUCUGGGACCAACCGGAUUCACCGGCAGCGUGGUUCUAACGGAACAGCCACACCCCCACGGCCCCAAACCAAGAAGUACACACCCCCUAAAGACCAAAAACGGCCUUCAGCCCCCCCCCAACAACCCCCAGGUCUUGCCUCCAGGACAGCAGCGAAUGGGGAAGAGGCGCUACUCCCUGGGCGGCAGCUUCAAGCACCCGGGCUUCGGGAAGCGUCGUCGUCGUGCCAACAGUGACAGUCAAUCAGACCCCGUCCUUCCCUCCAACUUCCUGUUGGGCGGGAACAUCUUCGACCCGCUGAACCUCAACUCUCUAUUGGACGAGGAUGUGAGCCGCGCGCUGAACGCCGAGACGCCCAAGUCCUCGCCCCUACCGGCCCGGGCCAGAGACCCUGUAGAGAUCCUGGUACCGCGUGACAUCACAGACCCCCUGAACCUGAAGAGUGGGGGAGGAGAAGGGGAAGAGGGGGGAGGGGUGCUGGUCUCCCCCAUCAAAAACAGGAAGAGACACCGCAACCGUCACCACGGGGGAGGAGGAGGGGGGGCGCAGCCCGAACCCCCCACACAUGCUGAGGGGUCAAAGGUAGAAGCUGGGGGUGAUUCAGGGACAGGAGGUGAGGUGUUAGCUCUAGCGUCUGUGCCUCUGUUCCCUGUUAGUGGUGCGUUAGCUGCAGUACCGGAGGCUUCCAGAGAGGGCAGUGUAGUGCCACAGUCUCCUCUGCCCUACGAACUCAACACCUCCAUCAACUGUCGGGACGAGGUAGUCCCGCCCAUUCUGCCCCGGAGACACACACACCCGCCGCUUGGAUCUGCCUCUAAACCCCGUCCCCAUGGCGACGGCGGCCAUCGGCAGCGUAAACGGAGGCGUACCACCUCGAUGAGGUCGGACCAUUCGUCGGUCACUCCAACCCCCGCCCUCGCCACUGCCCCACCCAACACCUUCCACACCCCGCUGGUGCCAGGGUCAGGCCUCAGAGGUCAGAGGUCAGGGUCAGCGGUGGGAGGUCAGCAGCAGCCCCAGAGCUCCUUCCGCCACAAUCCCCAGAAGAAGAAAAACCGGUUCCAGCACGGCAACUACAGCCGUUACUAUGGCUUCCACGGUUACUACGGUUACCGUGACGGGCAGGUGGGGCGGUUCCAGGACCCUCGUCUGGGCCUGCUUCGACCCGAUUGGUUCAGAGGGAAGACAGUGCUGGACAUUGGCUGCAGCACCGGUCACCUGACCCUGGCCAUCGCACGUCACUUUAGCCCAGCCCACAUCCUGGGUAUUGACGUGGACGGGCGGCUGGUGCACGCCGCUAGGCAGAACAUUCGCCACUUCCUGUCCGAACAACUCACACAGGACACCAGGGGUAGGGAGGAGGGAAGGGGGGAGAGGGGGAGAGGGGGAGAGCGAGAGAGUAAACAGAAAACAGAGACAGCUGAGCAGAGUGGAGGAAGAACACAGAGCGGAACUAAGAUGGCGUCCGGUACGGCUGAGGAGGAGGAGGAGGAGGAGGAGGAGGGCAAGAAGGAGGAGGAGGGCAAGAAGGAGGAGUGUAGCGCUCUAGAGGAGCUGAAGAGAACCCUGUCGUUGCUGUCGCCCUCUAGUGGCCCCCGGGGUGCAGGUCGCCCCCUCCCUCCGUUCCCCAUCUCCUUCAGGGUGUGUCGGGGUCCCAUCGCUGCUCCCCCCCUCCUCCCCCCCUACCCCCUGGCCCAAGGAACACCUGGAACCUUCCCCAACAACGUCUCCUUCAUGACGGGUGAUUACAUGGAGGACAGAGAACCACGUCUGCAUGGUGACGACGUCACAGCAGGAUAUGAUGUCAUCCUGUGUUUGGGCGUGACCAAGUGGGUCCAACUGCACGGUGGCGACGGGUUGGUGGUCAGAAUGUUCCGGCGGAUCUACUCACACCUCCGACCAGGUGGCAUGCUCCUCCUGGAACCACAGACCUGGAGCUCCUACUGCCGAAGCAAGAACAUCACGGAGACGACGUACAGGAACUACUGUGAUAUCAGACUGAGGCCUGAUACCUUCUGCUGUUUCCUGACCUCUACUGUGGGCUUCACCUGUUACAGACUGCUGACUGAUACAGGAUUCCAGAGGCCAAUCUACCUGUUCCACAAAGGCCCCGCCCCCAGGAAGUGACUGGGCCAUGGCCACCUAGCGACACGAUGUGACACGUGAGUGCCGAGGCACCACAGGAAGUGGACCGCUGCCGAGAGCGCAGUCUGGCUCCAUGGAAACAACAGCCCAGCUGGUAUGAUUGGUGGACGCUCGCCACUACCUGAACUCUGAUUGGUGGAACACUCACAGCAUGAUUGGAUCAGAGGAGGUUCUAAUGACUCAUGACUGAUUGAUCAGUCAGCCAGACUAACAGAACUAUUAACAGACUGAACUAGAGACUUCUAAACCACACACACAGUUCACGGCCUGAGGACCCUCCUAUCUCUCUCUCUCCUCAGUAAACUGUCUACUGAGACAAUAUGGCGUCCUGGUUGAGCCCUCUGCAGAGCCAGUUUCACCCUCUCUGAUUCAACCCCACUGAAUGAACAGGGAGCCUGGAGGAGGAAGUAGAAACUCAGCAGAACCACAAGGAGCCAAGCGGGGCCUCAGUGUGUCUUCCAGUUCUUCUCCAGUGUGUGUGUGUACGAGGAAGGCAUGUUAUUAUAUAUAUAUAUGUGUGUGUGUGUGUGUGUGUGUGUG